GAGCAGAUCUGCGGCGUUGGGGUGGUGGGCCUGAGGUCUGAACCGAGGGGCCGGGAGGGGGUCGGCGCCGCUCUGGGAAGAGCGGGGAGUGAAACUAUGUAGCCUUUUAAGAAAAAUGAAGAAACAAGUCACAGAUUGGGAGAAGAUAUUUGCAACAUCUUUUGGUGUCCAGAUCUGUAAAGAACUACCAAUCAUAAGAAAAAGGCCAAGAACCCAUUAGAAGAGUGGUCAAAAGACAUGAUAAGUGACUUGGAGUCAAGAAGAUUUUCUGAGCAUAAUUUAUACAUUUAACCUGUAAAAAAAGUCAUCUUGGAAUUGGUGGGUUAUCUUUGAUCUUUCCCGAUGGCGUGUUAGGUCUGUAGUGUAGAGUAAUAUGUGUCAGGGAUGCUUUUUAGAAAUUGUUAGAUCAGGACUUUUAUGUGUUAGGUCAUUCUGAAAGUGGUCAUUUACUGCUUUUUCCUCUCUCGUCCCAGGAGACUCUUUUUGCCCCAUCUGAAGUCCAUAUGGCUCUGUAUGAUGAGGACCUCCUGAAAAAUCCCUUCUAUCUGGCUCUUCAAAAGUGGCGUCCUGACUUGUGCAACAAGGUGGCCCAAACCCGUGGCAUUGUGUUAGUACCCUGCAAAGGAAGCCUGUCAGGCAGUGUUCAGUCUACUUGUCAGUUUGAGUCCUAUAUUUUGAUCCCAGUGGAAGAACACUUUCAGACCUUAAAUGGAAAGGAUGUCUUUAUCCAAGGAAACAGGAUUAAACUAGGAGCUGGUUUCGCCUGUCUUCUCUCCGUGCCCAUUCUCUUUGAAGAAACUUUCUACAAUGAAAAAGAAGAAAGUUUCAGCAUACUGUGCAUAGCCCAUCCUUUGGAAAAGAGAGAGAGUUCAGAAGAGCCUUCAACACCCUCAGAUCCCUUUUCCCUGAAAACCAUCGAAGACGUGAGAGAGUUUUUGGGAAGACAUGCAGAGAGAUUUGACAGGAACAUCGCCUCUUUCCAGCGAACGUUCAGAGAGUGUGAAAGAAAGAGCCUCCGUCAUCACAUAGACUCCGUGAAUGCUCUCUACACCAGAUGCCUCCAGCAGCUGCUGAGGGACUCCCACCUGAAAGUGCUCGCCAAGCAGGAGGCCCAGAUGAACCUGAUGAAACAGGCCGUAGAGAUGUAUGUCCAGCAUGAUAUUUACGACCUGAUCUUUAAAUAUGUGGGGACCAUGGAGGCAAGUGAGGAUGCUGCCUUUAACAAAAUCACAAGGAGCCUUCAAGAUCUUCAGCAGAAGGAUAUUGGUGUGAAACCUGAGUUCAGCUUCAACAUACCUCGUGCCAAGAGGGAGCUGGCUCAGCUGAACAGGUGCACGUCCCCGCAGCAGAAGCUGGCUUGUUUGUGGAAGGUGGUGCAGCUGAUCACCCAGUCUCCCAGCCAGAGAGUUAACUUGGAGACCAUGUGCGCUGAUGAUCUGCUAUCAGUCCUGUUGUAUUUGCUUGUGAAAACAGAGAUCCCUAAUUGGAUGGCAAAUUUGAGUUACAUCAAGAACUUCAGAUUUAGCAGCUCAGCAAAAGAUGAACUGGGGUACUGCCUGACCUCAGUUGAGGCUGCAAUUGAAUAUAUUCGGCAGGGAAGCCUCUCCGUUAAGCCACUGGAGUCCGAGGGGUUUGGCGACAGACUGUUCCUUAAGCAGAGAAUGAGCUUGCUGUCUCAGCUGACCUCAACUCCCAUUGACUGCUUGUUUCAGCACAUCGCAUCAGGUAACCAGAAAGAAGUGGAAAGACUUCUGAGCCAGGAAGACCGAGAUAAAGAUGCCGUCCAAAAGAUGUGUCACCCUCUGUGCUUCUGUGAUGACUGUGAGAAACUCGUCUCAGGGAGGCUGAAUGACCCAUCCAUUGUCACUCCAUUCUCCAGAGACGACAGGGGUCAUACACCGCUCCAUGUGGCUGCCCUCUGCGGGCAGGCAUCCCUCAUCGACUUUCUGGUUUCCAAGGGCGCGGUGGUGAACGCUACAGACUACCAUGGCUCCACCCCGCUGCAUCUUGCGUGUCAGAAGGGCUGUCAGAGCGUGACGCUGCUGCUGCUGCACUACAAAGCCAGCACCGAAGUGCAAGACAACAACGGCAACACCCCUCUGCACCUGGCCUGCACCUACGGCCACGAAGACUGUGUGAAGGCUCUGGUCUACUAUGACGUGCAGUCCUGCAGACUAGAUAUUGGUAACGAGAAAGGAGACACUCCCCUGCACAUCGCUGCCCGCUGGGGUUACCAAAGCAUCAUAGAGACGUUGCUGCAGAACGGAGCGUCCACAGAGAUCCAGAACAGGCUGAAGGAAACGCCCCUCAAGUGUGCGUUAAACUCAAAGAUUCUGUCCAUGAUGGAAGCCCACCAUCCGUCCUUCGAGAGGGGGCAGAAGUCUUCAGAGGUGCCCGCGCGGCCCCCUCAGUGCCCCGUGGAUUCCGUCAGCCAGGGCUCCUGCGCUUCCAGCUUCUCCUCCGCGUCGCUGAGCUCCAGGCAAGAGGAGCCCAGAAAGUUCUACAGGGAGGUAGAAAAGCUUUUAAGAGCCAUUGCUGAUGGAGACCUAGAAAUGGUGCGUUACCUGUUGGAGUGGACAGAGGAGGACCCGGAUGAAGCGGAGGAUGCUGUCAGGGCGGUGGAUCUUGAAUUUUGUCACCCCUUGUGCCAGUGCCCCAAAUGUGCUCCAGCUCAAAAGAAGCUGGCAAAGAUUCCUGCCAGUGGGCUUGGUGUGAAUGUGACCAGCCAGGAUGGUUCCUCCCCACUUCACGUUGCUGCCCUGCAUGGUCGGGCGGACCUCCUUCUCCUCCUCGUGAAGCACGGUGCCAGUGUGGGGGCCAGAGACGCAGAGCAGGCCGUCCCACUCCACCUGGCCUGCCAGAAGGGCCACUUCCAGGUGGUGAAAUGUCUACUAGAUUCUAAUGCAAAACCCAAUAAAAAGGAUAUAAGUGGAAACACACCCCUCCUUUAUGCUUGUUCCAGAGGCCACCACGAAGUUGCGGCACUGUUGCUGCAGCAUGGGGCCUCCAUUAAUGCUUCUAACAAUAAGGGCAACACAGCACUGCACGAGGCUGUGAUAGAAAAGCACGUCUUCGUGGUGGAGCUGCUUCUGCUUCAUGGAGCAUCAGUUCAGGUCCUGAACAAGAGGCAGUGCACAGCUAUAGACUGUGCUGAACAGAAUUCAAAAAUAAUGGAAUUGCUUCAGGUAGUACCAAGCUGUGUGGCCACGUUAGAUGAUGUUGGAGAAACAGACCACAACGAGUACGUUACUGUCAAGAUCAGGAAAAAAUGGAACUCCAAAAUGUAUGAUCUACCAGAUGAACCUUUUACAAGACAGUUUUACUUUGUCCACUCAGUUGGUCAGUUUAAGGGAAGGACCUCAAGGGAGAUUAUGGCAAGAGAUAGAAGUGUCCCUAAUUUUGCUGAAGAUUCUUUGCAUGAGCCAGGGAGGCAAAGAGUCACUCGGAAGCAGAAUAACCUGCCAGACCAGAGCAGCUCUCAGACAGCUGACAAAGGAAACGAUGGUCAGCCGGAGAGGCCUGGACCGAGACAAACUGCUCCUGGACAAAGGCAAAUGCUCCGUAGACACAUAGUCAAUGAUGCGGUUGUACCCAAGGGCCCAGAGACUGCUGGCAACCUGACCGCUCCCAAGAGGCUAGCAUUUCCCAAUCUUAAUAGUAAUAAGGAAUUAUCUACUGCCAAGAAGUGAGUCCUCAACAAGAAGAUGCCAAGCCUGAGUACAGCUUAGAACUAAACAAACUUACUGUUUGUCUUGAGAGAAAAGCAGAAAGGUCCUGAAAGCUUUUCUGUGGCAGAUGGAAAGAAUGCAACAACAAAAAGCUAUCACCAUCUCUUUCCUCUUCAAAGCUAAUGGAUACACUUGAAAAGGAAUGGACAAAAGUUCCAGUAGUGUCCAGAUCCUUAAGACGCUUCUUCUUAUGUAUUAGGGUUCCUUGGUUACAGUGAGGUUUCAUCACCAGAUUCUGACCUCCUUCUACUGAAAGGUGCUAGACCUCUGGGAUGUGUAUAAACUUGCAAACCACAGCUAAAAGAAUUCCUCCCUCUGCGAUAAGCUGAAGAAAAGCAAUUUAGGUUUCAUGGUACCGUGGAGGCCGGGCGGAAAUGUUGCAUUGGAAUGAAGGAGAUAGGACCUGAAAAAUGUCCCUUUGCAAGCAACACUUGAACCCAAAGAUGCCUAAAUGCCAUUUUGAUGCUCAUUUUAGUUGAAAGGACACAUAUGGCAUGUUCUACACUAUGUAUGUGGGGAAAGUUGGGUAUAAUUUUUCUUCUAAAAAAUUAAGUACAGAUAAUUGAUCACUGCACUUAUACACCUGUAGCAGUGUCUCUGGGAAAAUCCCUUUCCAUUAAGAGCCUCCCUUAAAUGUCACACCUGAUGGAUGGUUCCUGAACUAGACAGUAGACUUGGCACACCUUUUCUUAGUCUUUUGAUUCAAAAGAUUCAAAACUUACAGCACAAACCAGGUCAAAGUUACCUUAAAUUAGAAUUUAUUACCAUUUAUUCCUUUUUAUAAAUUUCUAUAGCUUAUACUCAUUUUUUUGUUAUCAAUUGGUCUAGAGCUGCAAACAUGGGUUUGUCCAGAGUACAUUUUCAAACAACUUUGUAAUAGGAAAAUGGUUCUGUGCACGUUCUUGGAAACACUUGCGUAUGUACAGAAGGGAGGGGCUGAUUAUUUUUCUACAAAGUAAUUUAUGAUUUUUAAUUUUCUAAUGUGCCUUGGACAUGUGCCAAAUGAUGGAAAAGAAACAGUAAACUUUAUGAUUCUUGAGUGUG